AAUGAUGCCUUCCAAAACAAAAGUCCCACUUGUUAUUUCUGUACUUUUUCUUGUAAUCAGUAUAUCGGUUAUCAUUUCAAUUUCGUACGUUCAAAUGAACAAAGAACAGACACUUUCUCCUGGACUCAAGUAUGGAAUAGUGCUGGAUGCUGGAUCGUCUCGGACUACAGUGUACGUAUAUCAGUGGCCGGCUGAAAAGGAGAAUAAUACUGGGGUGGUGAGCCAGACUUACAAAUGCAAUGUGAAUGGUCAGGGAAUAUCCAGCUACACCAAUGAUCCAGCUAAAGCUGCCCUGAAUAUUGAUGGAUGCAUGAAGAAGGUGAGGGAAAUUAUCCCAGCCAACCAGCAGAACAGUACUCCAGCUUACUUGGGUGCCACAGCUGGAAUGAGACUCCUCCGGUUGAAAAAUGAAAGUGCGGCUGAAGAGAUCCUGACCAGUAUUCAGAACUACUUUCAAACUCAACCAUUUGAUUUUAGAGGAGCUCAAAUUAUUACUGGUCAGGAUGAAGGUGUCUAUGGGUGGAUCACGGUCAACUAUUUAAUGGGAAAUUUCUUGGAGAAAAACAUUUGGAGAGCUUGGGUACGACCUCACGGAGCUGAGACCACUGGAGCUUUGGAUCUGGGAGGCGCCUCUACACAGAUAUCUUUUAUUCCAGAGAUGACAGACCAGAAUCCGAAUAGCACAGUCCAGGUUAUUCUGUAUGGAUAUCAAUACAACAUCUACACGCACAGCUUUCAGUGCUAUGGGCGAGAUGAAUCAGAGAAGAGACUUUUAGCGUCGUUAGCUCAGAAUUCCAUUGGGAAACGUGAUGUUGAAAACCCUUGCUACCCACAAAAUUACAUGACAAAUUUUACUUCAAGUCAUGUAUUUGGAAGUUUGUGUUCUGCACCGUUUCGUCCAGCUAAUUACAAUCCAGACAAAGUCAUCAAUUUUAAGGGAACUGGAAAUCCAACUAAGUGUCUUGAGAAGGUGGCCUCACUCUUUAAUAUUACAUCGUGCAAUGGUGAACAAGAUUGUUCAUUUGAUGGAAUUUACCAACCCAAGGUGAAAGGGCAAUUUUCGGCAUUCUCAGGAUUUUAUUAUACCGCAAGUUCCUUAAAUCUCACCGGAAAUUUUCCGUUAAAUGAAUUCAACUCAAGUAUGUGGAAUUUCUGUAAUCAAGAAUGGAGUAAGCUUCCACAGAUUUUAAGUAGGUUUGAAGAAAAAUAUGCACGAUCCUAUUGUUUUUCUGCAAACUUCAUCUAUUAUCUCUUGGUUUAUGGAUAUAAAUUCGAUGCUGAAUCUUGGCCACAAAUUAAUUUCCAGAAAGAGGUCGGUAACAGCAGCAUCGCCUGGUCCCUUGGAUACAUGCUGAAUCUCACAAACAUGAUCCCAACAGAGAGACCACUAAUAAUUCUUCCCAUGAGUUCUUCAUUAUUUGCUGGACUCCUGUCUCUAUUCACAACUAUAUCAGCAUUUUGCCUGGUCGUCCUCUUUAUUUUAUUAGUUCGUGCAUGCUAGGACAAAUAUCCUCAAACCUGGAUGUUGCAAACAAGCUGAAGGACAGACCUGCAUCUUCCUGGUUUGCAGUCACAGAUGUUGCGACCGUCCUGUCUUGGAGCGCUGUUCUUUCUGAUGCUGUGUACAGGUUGUUAGGAAGAUGUUCUAUUUUUACCAAGAUGUGUUCAGGCUAAAUAAUAUCAAUGUACAGAUCCAGCUCAGGGACACUAGCAUGAAAGGAGUAUGCAUGGCGUAAUCAUGACCCAGUUUUAUCUUACAUAUGAAAACAGAGCAGAGUAUAGGAAUCGAGUGAUUGAGAUCCGAAGGAAGGAAUUGUGAGUUAGGCAACUCGUCUAUUUAUUUUAUUAUUGAUUUUAUUGUAUGAUUAUAUUAUGUCAUGGAACAUUGUACAAUGUGAUUUCUGGUGGUAAAUCCUCCGAAAAGUAAAAAAGGAAUGUGCCAUGUGACCUCCCAUCUCCCCAGUAAUAAAAAUAAAUACCUCCCAUUCCUCAA